UUACAUUGUAGUCCCCCCCCCCCGCCCCACCACCUCUCAAAGGAAAGUUGGAGCUGUCAUCCUAGCAGAGCAGAAAGUUUAUUUGACUUUUAUAAAAAAGGGAGAGAGAAAGAAAGAAAGUGACGUAAAAAUUCUUAAAGAGCUCUUUGGCAGCAGAUUAUCUGGGAAUCAGACCAUGUGAGAAGGGUGUACAAAAGGCCCCCCCCCACCAUGCUGAACGGUCCAGAGCCUCGGAAGCAAAUGUAGGAGCCAUGCGAGCCGGAGGAGUCCAGGUGGAGCGAAGUGGUACCAACCCCCUGGGAGAGCAGAUUUAAGCGGCGUGUUUCCCCAAGAACCCAGUGGACAUAAAGCCUGGAGCCACACAGCUGACACUGAGAAACUCGCAGGAAAAAAAAAGUAUCUAUCGCCAAACGGUGGUCCUAGCGUCCGUCACUUACAAAUGGACAAAAGCUUCACCUUCUAACCAGCGGUAUGGAGAAGACAGACCCCAACAAUGAGAGCCAACCUCUCUCUUCGAAAAAAGGGGGCUGUAGAGAAGGGGAUGAUUGUGCGGAGAACGGACAUCUCCUCAAGAGCGCCAGACCUACACUGCUCCUGACAGGGGACACGCACAGAGCACAGCCAAACCAGGGGGACAAAGGGGCCACGAGCCAGAUCUCCAACGGAUAUUCCUUGGCUCAGAGCCCGAGUCCGAGAGACGGGGUGGAGGCCUCGGCCGGUACCCCAUGCGCUGCAGCAAUGACUACCAGCACGGUCUCUCCCACUUGCAGGAUAGAAGUUAGGCAACACCUGAGGGAGCUGGAUGAGAGAGAGACCUGGAGCAAGAAAAUGGACUUUCUCCUCUCUGUUAUUGGCUAUGCAGUAGAUCUGGGCAACGUUUGGCGAUUUCCUUACAUUUGUUACCAAAAUGGAGGAGGGGCUUUCCUCAUCCCUUACACCAUCAUGGCGAUCUUUGGAGGGAUCCCUCUCUUCUACAUGGAACUGGCCCUGGGGCAGUAUCACCGCAGUGGAUGCAUCUCAGUCUGGAGGAAAAUCUGCCCUAUUUUCAAAGGAAUUGGCUUUGCCAUCUGCAUCAUCGCUUUCUACAUCGCCUCCUACUACAACACCAUCAUGGCGUGGGCCCUGUACUACCUCAUUUCCUCCUUCGCGGAGGAGCUGCCCUGGACCAGCUGCACCAACCAUUGGAACACCGAGAGCUGCACCAACUACUUCUCCAACAAGACUAUCGCCUGGACCCAGAACUCCACCUCCCCCGCAGAAGAAUUUUACACCCGCCACAUCCUGCAGCUGCACAGAGCCAACGGCUUGGACGACCUGGGCGGGAUCAGCUGGCAGCUCACCCUCUGCCUGCUGUUCAUCUUCACCAUCGUGUACUUCAGCAUCUGGAAAGGGGUGAAAACCUCGGGCAAGGUCGUGUGGGUGACUGCCACGUUUCCUUACGCCGUCCUCUUUAUCCUGCUAAUACGGGGUGCCACUUUGCCUGGGGCUUGGAGAGGGGUGGUCUACUAUCUGAAGCCCCAGUGGCACAAACUUCUCGCCACAGAGGUGUGGGUGGAUGCCGCGGCUCAAAUUUUCUUCUCUCUGGGCCCAGGAUUUGGGGUCCUCCUUGCUUUUGCCAGCUACAACAAGUUUCACAACAACUGCUACCAGGAUGCUCUGGUAACCAGCGCCGUGAACUGCAUGACGAGCUUCAUGUCCGGAUUUGUCAUCUUUACCGUGCUUGGAUACAUGGCCGAGAUGAGGCAAGAAGAUGUCUCGGAAGUUGCCAAAGAUGCCGGACCCAGCCUCCUCUUCAUCACCUACGCAGAAGCCAUUGCCAACAUGCCUGCCUCUACUUUCUUUGCCAUUAUAUUCUUCCUGAUGUUGAUCACGCUGGGCUUAGACAGCACGUUUGCAGGGCUUGAAGGAGUGAUCACCGCCAUCCUGGAUGAAUUCCCGCACAUCUGGGGCAAGCGUCGGGAGCUCUUCGUACUCUGUUUCAUUGUGAUCUGCUUCAUGGGCGCAUUAUCAACACUGACCUUUGGUGGCGCUUAUGUCGUGAAGCUCUUUGAGGAAUAUGCAACAGGUCCAGCCCUUCUAGCCGUGGUGUUUCUGGAGUCCAUUGCGGUGGCUUGGUUCUAUGGAGUUGCCCAGUUUUGCAGUGACGUGAAAGAGAUGAUUGGAUUCAGCCCCGGCUGGUACUGGAGAGUCUGCUGGGUUGCCAUCAGCCCCCUCUUCCUCCUGUUCAUCAUCAUCAGCUUCAUGUCCAGCCCGAUGGAGCUCCGGCUUUUUGACUACACCUACCCUCACUGGACCAUGGUGCUGGGCUAUGGCAUCGGGACCUCGUCUUUCAUCUGUGUUCCCGCCUACAUGGUUUAUCGGCUGGCAGCCACCCCAGGGACACUUAAAGAGCGUAUUCUAAAAAGCAUUACUCCUGAAACCAUCACAGAGAUUCCCCUCGGGGAUAUCCGAAUGAAUGCAGUUUAAGCAACCUUGCCAUUCUGGCGGAUGCAGGGGAGGUGAGAGAGGCGGGUGAGCGUCCGUCCGCUAGGCCCUCCUCGCCUCCUGUCGCUCUAAACUCCUCUCUUCUCGAGAACCGAAUCUCCACCCGGAAGAGGAGCCUGCUGACCGGGGUUAGGCUUCCAGGCGUUCCCAACAAUGAAACACUGGCUAUGCUCCUCAGUCCCCCGUAGUGCUCUGGUUUCUUUUGAGAAUGCGUUCAUGUGAAUGAACAUCAGCGCCUCCCAACGUGGGCCCGGGGCCGCCUGACUGCAUGCCUCCGCCUGACCGCUGUUGCAGAUUAGGAUUGUGUUUAGAGUCGCACAGCUGUGCCAAGCACCCCUGUCCUCUCCACUCUCAGUGUGACCCUCUGUGGUGAACCCUGUUGUCUGUGCUUCUAAAGAUCUCAGUAUUUGCAACCAAUACUGCCCACCCCCACCCCCCCAAAAAAAACCUCCCAGGAAGAAAACAACGCAUCCCGGCCCAUUCGCCAACCUCCGUCCAAGUCAUUCACUUUUCCCACUUGAGAAGCCUGCUCAAACUCUCGUUCCGCAGCUCUUGCUCACCUCUGUCAUUUCAGACUGCAGGGGGGAGAGUACCCAUUUGGCGACGCUGUCCACAAGACAGAAAAUAUCAUCCUUCGGUGUUGAAAACCAGUCCAUCAGGAGCAAAGAAUGGUCUGGGACACUAUUAGCCCCCUACAUAGCUCCAAAGAGCUGGAUCAUGUCAUAGCUCAGAUGCUAACCAGGGUCUGCCUGCCAUGGUUAGUCCUUGGAUGGGAAACCACCCAAGAGCACCAUGGUUGCUAUGUAGAGGCGAGUUUGAGUCCCCGCUCUGCCACUUGA